CCAUACUAGAUGUGGUGACCUUUGCUCCAGUUAUAUCAUUAGAAAAACAUCUCCUUAUAGCUGUUAAGAAUUGUUUCCAGUAAAACAUCUUUUUUUUCUGAUGCCUCUUCUCAUGCCUGCAGCAAGGUCUUUCUGUGACUUCUGUCACAGCUUUUGCUCAGUGCUGCUAGAUGCCUUUUGUGUGACUAGUGUAUGAAAGCUUUAUAAAGUGAUCAGUGGGAAAUAUAAACCCAUUUAUAUUAUGAAACCAUAAUGAGGAAUCAAUAAUAAUAAUGAAAAAAUGGAAGCAGACUGGCUCUGACAUCGGAUAGGAUUCAUCUGCUCUGCAAAUUGGAAGAAAUUGCACAAGUGCUAUGGAGCAGGAGAAGUCUACUGUUGGAGUUACCAUCACUGUGGUGCCAGCAUUAGGCAGCAGUGUGUUCAGGGAUUUGCCAGUUCCUGGAUGUCAGUGGGGAUCAUGUUCUGGCUCCUUGUCCAUGCCAUAGAAAAGUCAUUGCUCUGAACAGCAGCUGCAAAAGGACUAAAACCAACGACUGUUUGGAGUUGUGACUGAGGAUGCAGAAACUUCUAUGCCCUUUUCUUCUAGAGCUUCAGAUGCAAAGAAGAGCAAAGAACUGUCCUGUAAAGCAAUCUGCUGCACCUUUGACAGUCCUGUUUCAAGCCCUACAGGUGAGCCCAGGAGAAGAGAACACUUGUGUGCACAUUGCCCUGUGCCUUGCCUGCCCUGCCACGGCUCGUGGUAAGCUCCACCGUGCCCGAGGAGUGGAGGGCAGAGCUGCUGUGCUGGGCUGGGGCAGUGAGCCUGAGCCCAGAGCACGUUUGGCUGGGGAGCUGAAGCAGCUGCGGGGCCGCAGCCGAGACAACUGGCUCCAGCCAGGUAGAUGCCCAGGGGGAAAAGGACAACUCCAGCGGAACUGAUGCAUCUCGGCACCUGAUACUAGGCUCAGCUUUUGACAUGAAGAAAGACAUAGAGUCUUUAAUAGCCCAGGAAAAAGCGGAGAUCGUUGCCAAGUAUGAGAAGGGCAGGCGUGAAGGAGCUCAGAUUGACCCAUGGGAAGAUGCUGAUUUCACACUGUAUAAAGUUACAGACCGGUUUGGAUUCCUGCACGAGCAGGAGCUGCCGACCCGCACUGCCUUGGAGGAGAAGCAAAAACAGCAGGAAAUCGAACGCGUGGACAAGUGGCUAAAGAUGCUGAAGAAGUGGGGCAAAUACAGAAACAGUGACAAGAUGUGCCGGCGAGUCUACAAAGGGAUCCCGCUUCAGGUGCGCGGCCAGGUCUGGUCACUCCUGCUGGACGUCGAGAAGGUGAAGAAGGAGAACGAAGGAAAAUAUGAGCAAAUGAAAGAGCAAGCCAAGAGCUUCUCAUCAGAGAUCAAGCAGAUUGAUUUGGAUGUGAACCGCACCUUCCGGAACCACAUCAUGUUCCGGGAUCGCUAUGGAGUGAAGCAACAGGCACUCUUCCACGUCCUGUCAGCAUACUCGGUGUAUAACACUGAGGUGAGCUAUUGCCAAGGGAUGAGCCAGAUCGCAGCCAUCCUUCUGAUGUACUUGAACGAGGAGGAUGCCUUUUGGGCACUGGCACAGCUGCUGACCAACCAGCGGCACGCCAUGCAUGGUUUUUUCAUUCCUGGCUUCCCGAAGCUGCAGAGAUUUCAAGCUCACCAUGAGCAGAUUUUGAGCAAACUCUUCCCCAAACUGAAGAAGCACAUGGACAAGGAGCAGAUGACCACAGGGAUUUACACGACCAAGUGGUUCCUGCAGUGUUUCAUUGACCGGACCCCCUUCACCCUCACCCUGCGGCUGUGGGAUAUCUACAUCCUGGAAGGAGAGCGGGUGCUGACAGCCAUGGCUUACACCAUCCUCAAGCUGCACAAAAAGCGCUUGCUGAAGAUGACACUGGAAGAUCUACGGGAGUUCCUGCAGGAGAAGAUUGCUGCUUCCCUGCAGUAUGAGGAUGAUGCCGUCAUCGAGCAGCUGCAGGUGUCCAUGACCGAACUGCGCAAGAUGAAGUUUGACCUUCCCCCCCCAGCAAAGCCUGAGGAGUUCCCACGGAAACCCCUGGGCCUGGAGCUCUCCCUUAACCCAGUAGCCUUGAAGGGCAACGUGGCAGCCAAUGGCCAGAACGGCAGGGUGGGUGAGCACACGCCAGACAGGGAGACCCAUCUCCACAGAGACCCCGUGGCACUGGGAGGAACAACGGUGAUGGAGGCCAGGACUGCUGCCCUCCAGGGCAGGGACACAGCCGAAGGGACCGGCACUCACGUGCAUCCUCCUGGCGAGGGGCCUUCGGGAGAGGAGGGUGGGCUGGAGCUUCAGGAGGCAAGCGAGACGCAGGCUCAUCCUCAGCUCCCACCCACGGCCGUGCCCACGGAGCAGCCUCCUCUCGCUCCCAGCCACGCCACAGUGGACCAUGAGUCAGUGUCCCUCUCUGGUCCAGCCAAGCAGGGCUCAUUGGACUCUUCUCUCCAAAACACGCCGAGUCCUCCCGACUUGAGCAGCGCUGAGCUUUCUGCUCCGGACCCUGUGACGUGGCUCCCAAGUCCCGCUCCCCUGCCGGCAGCUGAGCAAGCAUCUUCCUUCUGCACAGAGGAGUUCGACAGGGCCCCUCAUCCCCUGCCUGGGGGCUGGCGGCGGCUCUCGGUUGCGUCACAGGACGGCUGCCCUGAGCCUGAGCAUGGGCAGGAGGCGGCCAGGAAGAGCUGCUGGGCCGCACAGCCUGCCACAGCGCGCCUGGAGCACUCGGCACCCAAAGCCGCAUCUGUGGGGGAGCUGACGGGCCUGCAGCAGGAUGGGCCUGGGGGCAGCAGCAGCCCCAGGCACUGGUUGGGGGAUGCAGGUGGCAGUGUGCCCCUCCUAACCGGCAGUGAGACAGAGGCAGCAGGGCUGGGCCAGGGCUGUGCCUUCCCACGGGCACCGGGCCCCAUGCAGGAGGAGAACAGCCCCUACACCGUCAUCAAAACCACCACUCCCCUCCACCUGGCCUGUGCCACAGAGCAGGACUUCUCCAACAGGAAGCAGGUGGCCUUGCCUUUGCCGGAGCCUGGCCGGCCCCUGCCUGCCCCUGCCGUGCCACCACCUCUGGUCUUAGACCCGGAGAAGGUAAAUGACCAAAAAAGCCUCCGGAAACCGUUAAACGCACUGAAAGCCCCACGCCCCCCUCUGAGCCCCAAGCCAAAAUUGCUACCACAGGUUGCCAAAUCCCACUCGGAGAACAGUUUCCUUUCAGGCCCUCCUCCCCUGACAAAACUGCCCAAAUCGGUGACGUUUUAGCGGGGCUGGGGAGAGGCAAGGAAGAGGAAGCAGGUGCUGGAGCAGCACCCCCACCCCAUUUUUGGGAAACCCCCUGUGUCGGUGACAGCCGUUACCUGCCGAGCUGUGCUUUGGUACAAGCGGCUGGCGAGGAGAUGGGCCAGUGGCUGCCAGCACCAGGAGCCACCAGCCCAUGGGGCUUGCAUCUUUCCUACGGACAGAUGGGAAAGGCUUUUUACGUGUGUUCCUCAAAGCUCUCCUCGCCUCAUCACAUGUCAGGGGAGAGUCAAGGCUGGUGAAUGUGCGCUUGCUUCUGCUCCUGCCCGCUGUGGCCAGGGCAGUGGAGUCCAAAAUGUUUUCGUUAAAAUGCUGUCUCAGUGCAGCUCACAGCCUUGCUCUCCAAGGCUGUUGCAGCAGUAGCUCUGGCAUUCCUCUCCCAGCCCCGAGGGUGUGGGCAGCAGCACUCCCAGGCAGGGCGCAGGCCGCCACUGCCGCCUCCAAGCCGUGUCCCCAGCCCCUGCACAGGCUGGUGUUGGCCCGGAGGAGAGGUUGAACAGCACAAGUCCCUGGCACCUCUCCUUGGUCUUUGCCAAGUUCUGAAGGUGUCAAGAACAGCAAUGAAGGUGGAGCCUGGUCUCUCAGGUCAAGGGGCCGUUCUGCUGGCCUGUCCCCCAUCACCCAGGGCAGUGAGCAGGCCCUUGGCUGACCACGAAAGGGGCUGCUGCCUGGGGAAGCCUCCUGCCUAUGUCAGCAAGGCAAUGGUGUCUAAGGACAGUGCCCAAGCCAAAACCGCUUUUACUUUGAGCAAGUGGAGUGUUAGGGUGGCAAUGGCACAGGAGUGGGGGAAGAGGAGCACAUUUCCCCAAACCUGAUCUCAGCCCUUCUGGCUUAGCUCCUCAGAAAUCAACCAAGGAAGGAAACCUGAGCACAGAGGUUUGGCAGACCAUGCUGUAGAGCACCACCACAGCCUGCUGCUGAGGAGGUAAUGCCAUGGGUGUCCACCUACCUGCCCUCAUGCACCAAUUCAUAGUGGCCUGUCCAUCUCCUCCCAGCUGCUGCUGCACAACCCAAACCCUUGGCCAGAGGUGCGCAGGGACCCAGGGCACUCGCCCUCUGGCAGCUAGCCCAGGCUCCUGUUCCCGGUAUCUGCUUUACUCCUAAAGGUGAAGGGAGUUGGUCAGGAAGGACCAUCAGUGGAAGCAGAAGGAAAUAAUCUUGCCCAGAUGUGCGGUAGCUGACGGUGCUCCCCUUGGGUGGGUUCCCAUCCCUUCAGUGGAGACCCCAGGCAAAAGCUCCUUUCAAAGGCUGAGGAGCCUUUGAAAACUCCCUCACAGGCUGCGUCAGUAACAUAACCUGGCCUGAAGCCUGCCUGGAAGCCCAGCAGAAAACUUCCACUCGAUUACUUUGUGGGGUGUAGUGUGUUUUUUUCAUCUUGUCUGCACGUGGUGGUUUAUGUUAGCAGCCGAGUGUGUCAAAGGGAGCACCCAGCUUUGUUUGGAUGUAGCCAGCUGGACUGCAGCAACUUCAGCUUUGUUGCCAUCCCCGGCUCUGUUGGAGACCCCAUCUCCUGCUGAGGCUCCAGCUGUGCCCAUCCUCUCCCUCUCCAGGCAGGGGUGCUGUGAGGGGGCAAGAGCUGCUCUUCAAGGAGAAACGCUGUGUGAAUGUUCAGUAUUUGUGUUGUGCGACACCAAGGGGCCUUUCGAGGCCAACGGUGUUUGCGGCGCCUUUCAUUUCGAGUACGUUUUUCAGUAACUGCAGUAGUUGCUCCUGUUGUGUGUUAAAUACCUGGGCAGUAUUUCAGGACAGGUCUCGCCUGCCUUUCACUAGCACCCCCCUGGCCUCUGGCUUGUGCCAAGAAGAAUCUGAGGGCUGAUGCUCUCCUCUUGGCUUGGUUUCUGUCACUUGGGGCCAGGAAGGGAAAGUCUGUCCUCUCCUUGAAGUACACAUACAACUCUUGCUAACACAUCUGAGCAUUUGGCUCACGCUUGCAAGAGCUGGGACCUCUUUCCCCUCUUUUUGGCCUUCUUUCUCCCCUUUCAGGCACACAGCCUUCACACCUUGUGUUGCAUGUGGGUCUGGGAUCUUUUGCAGUAUUCACAUUUUAAAAGAUGAUUUGCUGAAAUUUGGGAGAGCUGGCAAUUGCACAGUGCCCAUUGCAAGGCAGUUGGUGCGUGGUGUUCAAGAAUUGAGGGGGGUGGUUCCUCCCCUCCAAGGCCCCAGAAGAACGAGCAGCAAGGUUCUUGGUCACGACCACAGCUGGUUUUGGUGCCCUUGGACCAGGCAGACCCAGGCCCCCCCUUGCCACCAGUGUGCUUCUUGCUGGGAAGGUCUCCUCAUUGUGCCACCUAAGCAGCUCUUCUCCCACCCACAGCUCCUGAAAGUUGGUAGGAGGGGGAGAGUUCCUGGGGGCAAAGUAGCCUGAGCAGGCUGAGAGCUGGCCAUGUGCAUUGCUGGCCUUGGGGGGAUGGUCUCACUGCAGCACAUCAAAGCACGAGCUGUAGGAGGACAGAUCCUCCCAUCUUCUCUGCCUUCCCUUCAGGAAAAGGGCAAGGGCAGCUCAGCAGGACAAGUAUGGGCCACAGCCUCAGCCCAUGCAAAUGCCACUCUGGCUGCCAGCAAACUCAGGAAAGCAGCUCCCUCACAGCCCUGGCAUGACCCUCGCCUCCCUGCCCUCCACGGAGUUCUGAAAACCAAUCUUGCAGGUUGGGGUUGGGUUUUUUUGUAAUUGAGCACUUGGAGGCAGUGGGAGCCCUGGGCCCAGCUCAGCAGGGGCAGUGGCUGGGGACGGGGGCUCUGGGCUCAGUGCUUGGCCAGCCCAGCCACCAUCAGCUUUGGCUUUUAAUUGCUCUUCUUGUUUAGAGCGUGGAACGCUUCCUCCGUGACUCUUUCUAAUGUAUUGUAAUUAUUACUUUAAAAAAAAUCCAACAUUUCUAUGUC